AUGGAUAGGGGAUAUCAACCCUAUGGUUCCAAUUCAUCACGACAACCAUUUGUGAGACAGACCAUUGUCAAUAAAAAUCUAGAAUCCAGAUAUAAAACUAGAGACCAUUCUAAGGGGAAAUAUUCCCAUAUACAGCCUCACACACAUACCCCAGAACAAGUGGUAAGAAAAAAAGAACUAAAAAGACCAAUGCAUCAUCAUUCUACUACAAAUCCCCAACAAUCCACCAGCCAUUAUUCAACAUCAUCUAUUCCUCUUCAUAAUAGAUUUGAUUACUUGGAAAGAUCCCCGAGAAGGGAGGAUUUUCAAGGGACAUACACCAGGGACAAACACAAGAAUACACCAAUGAAAUUUUGGGGGAAAAGAACGCGAAGUUUAGAAGAAGGGGAAGUAGAGGAGGAACGACAAUACAGAAAAGAAAGACAAGGCAAACGGGAUCCGUAG